AUGGAUCCAUCUCUGGCUGCCGCCGCCGCCGCCGCCCCCCCGGCGUCACCCUCGCUGCGGCUGGUCGUGAAUACGCCUACCCCUCCGCGCUCCGCCUCGCCACGUCCAUCGCUGGGCUCCCCGACCCGCGAUGUGUCCCCCCCGAUGACACCCUACCUGACCAAAAGGAUCUCCAUCGUCGGUGAGCCCAUUCGCCUACGGUUGCCGCCUUCCCCCGUCACCGAUCCUCCUCGCGCGUCUGCACACUUUCCCCCCAUCCAGCCCGGGCGUUCGAGUGAAGACGACGCCGAAUCCCUGGUGCUCGAGAGCUCGUCAAGCUACGACCUUCGCCAGUCGCGCCAGCAGCCGCCCCAGCACGCCCUCUUGUCAGCCGUUUCCUCGGCCUCCCUCCAUCCCUACCGCCCGUCUCUCAAGGCCGCCGUCUUCACCACGCCGUCACGCUACUCCGACGAGGCCCAUCCCCCGUCACCCGGUCGGCGCGUCGCUGUUGUGGAUUACCACCCCUCGCUGGGCUCGGCCACGCAUCCGCCCUUCUCGCUGCCCGCAUCGCCGCGCGUCCAGCAGCAGUACCCCUUCACCUACGCGCCUCCCCCGGCCGAGUUCCCCCUCUCCGGCGGUCAAUUGGACGCCCUCUCGCGUCAGCUUGGCACGCGGCCCCGGUCCAUUGUCACCGAAACGACCACCGCCCUGCUUGUGGACCCACGCGACUUCCCCGGGUCGACUGGUGGUGCUCUUGCCUCGGGUGCUGCCUUCCCGCCGUCGGUCUACCCGCUGGCCAAUCCCCUGCCCCUCCCUCCGGCCCCUGCCGCCACAACGGCCUUCCGUGACGGGCAGUUUGGAUUUCUCCCCCCUGGCGCCAUCCCCGGCACCGGCACCGGCCUUUCGGAGCUCCCCUCGCCUGCGCGGCAAUUUGUCUCGGCUCCCCCGGCUCAACGUCCCAGUGUCGAGGACGCCCCUUGCGAGCACGCCGACUUCGCGCUUUUCUUCCCCUCGCUAGCCGGCGAUCGGAUCAUCCUAGAUACCCCGGCCACUGUCAGAUACCACACCCCCAUCGAAGGCCGAAUCGCCCUCACCCACAACGCCUUCACCUUCCGCGCGCGGCUACACGGCUGGUCAUCGGCGGCGGUUUUCCCCUGGGCCCACAUCCGGUCCAUAUCCCGGCACGGACGUAGCGGUGUAUCCAUCACCACCAAUCAGGAGAAGUUUGUCUUCUUCGACAUUCCAAACCGAUCGCGGCUUUACCUCGAGGCCAAGCGCCUUCGCAAAUCCGCCGCCACCACCAGCCCCUUCACCGCUGCCUCUUCGCUGAAGGUUCUCCAGCCUGGUGAGCCGUAUCCGCUCUUUGAGACUCUUUCCCCCCGCGCCGACCUCCUGGGCGCCUCGCUUCCGCCGUCGCCGCUUGCGGUUUCCCCGGUGAGCCCCACCGCCAAGGCUUCGCAUCUCAUUGGCUCCCAAGCAGCUGAGUCCCCGACCCCGCUCAACCGGCCUAAGACUGCCAAGCAGCUUUUCCGCUCGUCCUUCCAGUUCACCAGCUCCAAGUUCCGCCACGCGCGCCACUCGCUCUCUGGACUUGCCACCAGCGCACCCGGUCCAUCCUUAUCCGCCGGCACUACCGACACGAGCUUGACCCAGACCACCACCUAUACCGCGGUGAGUACCGGACCCAUUGCUGUGCCGAGCCCACUCCCCGGCGCUUCUCCGGGUGCAGCCUCCUCUGCGCCGGCCCUUGUCACCGCAACAGUCUCAGCCACCUCGCCUCGGUCCUUGAACACCCAUCCUGCCCAUCCCGCUGUCACCUACUCGCGGCCGAUCGUCACGUCCACUGCCACGGCUCCGACUGUCGCCGGGCCCCCCUCGCCGUCACAGCCCCCAUUGUUGCUGCCACAGCCGUCGCCGCCACCGCCACCACCUUUGGCCCUGCCUGUCGAACCGGCACCCUUGGCUUCGCCUCCCUUGUCUCCUGCUCUGCCUCCGAUUGUCGCCAUGGCUGCCUCCGAAUCGGCGAUGCCGCCGGGUGCGGUGGAUGCCGCACCGGCCGUCACGCCGAGCGCCGUAUCGCCCACCGCCGCGCAGGAGGCCGUGUCCCCAGCUGCCCCGACUUCCGGUCAGACUGCCAUGCCACUGGUCCCCGAGGAGCCGCUCGAGCCGGACACCCCUGUGGACAUUUUCCAACAUGGCUACCAGUCCUUGAAGUACACCAGCGACUGGACCACCGGUACCCCGAAUCCGGAGCGCAAAUUCCAGUACGUCAUGGACCUGACACAGGCCAUGGGCCCGAAGUCCACACUGGUCCUGGUGACCCAGCGCCACAUGGUCCCCGCCUCCCCCGGGGAGUACUACAUCGUGGAGCAUGUCACCCACACGCCGGAUGUCCCGAGUGCCGAUACCUUCCGCACGGUGAACCUGUAUGGCCUGGCCCGGGAGGGGCGCGGCCGGUCAAGCCUCAUCAUCACCGGGGCCAUUCGGUUCCUGCGCUACACCCUGAUCAAGAGCUUCAUUGAGGCCCAUGGGACCGAUGGGUUCGUGCAAUUCGGCGCCGACUUGAAGAAUGCCCUGCUUGAGCGCAUUGAGGCCGAUCGCCAGAGCAUGCUUGCCGGGCCGGCUCCCGGAGUCGCGGGCGCGCCUGUCCUGGCCACCGGCAUGGCGGCACAGCCCGCCCGGGACCCCUCCACUGGCACCACUCUCGGCUUGGGCCCCGGCGCCGACGGGGACCCGGCGGCGGUGGCUGCCGCGGCGGCGGCCGCCGCUGCCGCGGCCACCGCCGCUCGGUCAUCUGUCCUCCCCGCCGGCCCCGGGGACAAGACCCUGCAGGACGCCAUGCAAAGCGCCCAGUCGGCCGAGCAGUCCGCCCAGCGGGCACUGCGCGAGUCGGAAGUCGCGCGCACCUGGUGGCAAGCGGGGAUCGUCUUGCGCGUGGUGGCGGUGGCUGCUCUGCUCAUUUGUAUCAUACUUCAGUCGUCUCUGCUUCUAAGCGUACGCCGUGCCAAUGCCCCGGCUCCGGCCCCGGCGCCGCCCGUGCAACCGGUCAUUCUCACGGGCUUUGACGGGGUCACCGUGGCGACCGAAUCGCGGCCCAUGGCCUCAGCCACCGCCGGCAGUGGCACCGUCACUGGCGGGGGGGGGUCUGGUGCCUCACCGGUGGUCAUCGAUGCCGCCAGUCUGCAGGAGCUGCUGCGCCAGCUCGCAGGCGCUCGGACUCCCCCGGUCGGCGAGGCGCCCUCUGCCUCGACGGCGGCCGCCACCGCUGCCUCAGAUACCUCCGCGCCGGCCGCCACCAGCCCGGACCAGCCAACUCCGGCGAAUCUGGCCGAGGCCCUUCGCUCUUUGGACGAGGAGCUUGCUCGGCUAAGCCGGCUUCUUCAACAGACAAACAGCGGCGGCGGCGGCGGCGGCGGCGGCGGUGGUGGUGGUGGUUCUGUGAUUGGCUCCGCCUCGACCUACCUGCCCUCUCACGCUGAGUUGUAA